AUGCAACUCACACGCUCAAUCGCCAUUCUUCUCGUCCUGCCCCUGACAGCCUUCGCUGUGCCUGUCCCUCAACGUAACGUGCCUCACAUCUCGUGCAAGACUGCAGCCGGCUGCAGCCAGUAUAAGCGAGAGCCCGAACCACUUCCACUCCCAGAGCCCGAGCCUGAACCACAGCGCAACGUCCCACAUAUCUCCUGCAAGACCGCCGCAGGGUGCAGUCAAUACAAACGGGAGCCCGAACCUGCACCGCUGCCAGAGGCUGAACCUGAGCCGGUGCCUGAGCCAGAGCCUGCGCCAGAGCCCGAACCACAGCGGAAUGUCCCUCACAUCUCCUGCAAGACCGCUGCUGGCUGCAGCCAGGGCUAG